AUGUACACACAGACACAUGUACAUACAUACACACACACACACACACACACAGACACAUGUACACACACACAUACAUGUACAUGCACGCAGACACAUGUACAGAUACACGCAUGUACAUACACACAGACGCCCCCCCCCCCCAUAAAAAGUUGCAGUACUUUGUUGUUCACUCACAGAUCCAGGUACUGCACUCUAGGGGAGGCAGAGAGCACAGCACACACUCCUUCCUUUGCUUUCACUGCCUCAGCUAUUGAGCAGUCUGACGGCUCCCAGUGCCAAUGACAGAUCCAGCCUGAGCUCCGAGCCUGCUCAGCAAGACGGCCCUGGGGGACACAUUCGACCCCACCAUAAGUUCCACUUGCCAUUGGCGAGCAGGCGAGUGGAAAUUUCAAGCCCUGGUAUAUG